AUGCUCGGGUCUUCUUUGGAUAAAGAUGUACGUUUAAAACUUUUGUUGUGGGAAGAUAAAGACAAUCCUCUAGUCGUGUUGACGAAUCUACAAAAAGAUAGCGUUUUUGAUAUGAGUUCUCAACUGUGUACCAACAAGAUUUAUCCAGAAACACUUCCUGUUGAUGAUCUGGCAAUCCCUGCUUAUGUUGAUACAUCGAAACUCGAAGCUAAUUCACAAAAUUUUUCUUUUUUAACAAAGUUUGCAAAAUUGGAAAAAGAACUCGUUAAAUCGAAAUUCGGAGAGCUAUUGCAGUAUGCUACCAUAUUGUCAGAAUGGAUUGCUGAAUGUAACAAAUUUCUUGAAGAAGCUGAUUCUAAUCUUGAAAUGUUGACAAUUUUAAAAACUGACUUCAUAAAAGUUGCAACCAAAACCAACUUACUACAUGAAGCAUGUGAAAUACUUUUAGAUGAACAAAGCAAGUGUGUACAAGCUGUUGAACUAAUAAAUGACCAGCUUGUUGUUUUUAAAGAGUGUGAAACAGUUCAUCAAAAAAUCAACUCUCCAACUUUCAAUGUUCAGUCAGAGCAUUUUUCAUCAACUUUGUACAGAAUUGAUGAAUGCAUUGACUAUUUGAAGGCACAUGAGCACUUCAAAGAAUCAACAGCCUAUUUAGAAAAAUUUCAAAACUAUUUAGUUUGUUGCCUCAGGUUAUUGAAAAAUUAUGUGUUUAAUACUUUUGAAACAGUAACUCAUCAAGUAAUGAAAUUGGAUGUGGAAGAUAAUAUUUCAGAAAAUGCAUUUGUUUUGUUAUAUGGUAAAUUUCGAAUGAAAGCUUCAAAAGUAAAAGGUUAUAUUGAAAUGAUCGAAAACAGGAAAGGGGACCGAGCUGAAUAUUUAGUGCUGUUGAAUGAAGUACUUAAUUUUUAUAUUAGUGUCAGAUCUUCUCUCUUAAUUCCAAGUGUAUCUGCAGCAAUUAAAGAUAUGUCAGAGAAGCAUUCAAAAGAUUUGUGCUAUUUCAUUCGCAGUGGUUGUAUUUUAUUGGUCCACAUCUGUGAAGAUGAGCACAACCUUUUCAACGACUUUUUCAGCUGCGAUACUGACUUGCUCAAUGAAAUGCUCGAAAGUUUGUGCAUGCUCCUCUAUGAUGCUCUCAGACCACUGAUCAUUCAUGUGAUCCACAUGGAAUCAUUAACAGAAAUUUGCAGCAUAUUUCAGGAUGAAUUAGUGGACAAUCCUGGUCACACUCAAAAUAAAUUCAAGUCUUUUAAAAAAAUAUGCUCACAAAUGCUGCAAGAUGUCCAAGAGAGGCUAGUUUAUCGAACAAAUAUUUAUAUUAAAAAUGAAAUUCUAAACUAUGUUCCUUCGUCUGGUGAUUUGGCUUAUCCUGAAAAGCUUGACAUGAUUAAAGCAAUAACUGAACAAAAUUCAAAAGUGGUGGAAGAUAAAGAUAAAUUUUCAAGUAAUCAAUUUGUAUAUGCGGAUCAUGCUUUGUGGUACCCAACAGUCAAAAGGUCCCUUACGGUACUGUCUAAAUUACAUAGGUCCGUAGAUAAAUCAAUUUUUCAUGGACUGUCUCAGGAAGUGCUUGCAUGUUGUGUCCAUUCCCUGAUAUUUGCCAAAAAAUCCAUUUCAACCAAUAAGUCCAAUUUAGAUGGAGAAUUAUUUUUCAUUAAACAUUUACUGAUUCUCAGAGAACAAAUCAUCCCAUUUCAGUUGGAUAAUGUUGUCAAAGAGACUUCCAUUGAUUUCAGCAAGAUAAAAGGUGCUGCCGUGGAUCUUAUAAAGUCAAGGUCAAAUUUAUUUGCGUUCAAUAAUAAUAACGCUUUGUUGCAGUUUUUUUUUGAAGGCACACCAUCAUUUUACGAAACAUUUUUUGACUGUAAAAAAGUUGUUGAUGACAACCUCAAAAAGUCUUGUGAAGAUUUUAUAAAAAUUGCAACAAGCAUGUUGGUAGGAAAUCUUCAAGAGUUCAUGAACAAGAUAUCAAUUAUAAAAAAUAAAUUAUCUUCUGGUGGAUUGUCAUUAAAAACUCAACCAUUUGCAAGUCCUGAGAAUGUAAAAAGUAUUGUUACAUCAGCUUAUCGCAUUUUAAAGCAAGAUCGACUUCAUAUUCUCAAGUUAAUGUCGCUUUAUUUGUCAAACAGUGAUACAGAGUAUAUUCUGUUUAAGCCCAUAAAAUCUAACAUACUACAAGUUUACAACGAGUUUGGCACAUUUUUGAAAGAGUACUAUACUGAGGAAGAUAUGUUUUUAAUUGCUGCACCGUCUAUUGAUCAAAUAAACAUUUUGAUGAACAACAAAGUAGAGCCUUAG